UCUGAAAAAUCAAAGAGAAGAGGGAAAAACCCUAAAUUUUUUUUUCCUCGCUGUCGUCAAUGAUUGCUCCACUUCUCUGCAUUUUUCUUCUCAAGAGAAACCUUCCACUCCUCUCACAAUCGUGGGGUUCCUCAAAACCCUAAUCUGGAUCCUCUUACCUCUUGGUCUCUUCAAUCUCUGUUUCUUUCUGUCGGGGAAUUUUCUGUUUCUUUGUUUCUCUGUUUUUUUUGUUUCUUUUUCAUUUUUUCUCUCUCUGGGAUGAUGAAGAACUCGGGGAACCAGAGAGGCGGGAUUCUGAGAGGGAUUUCUUUGCCGGAAUCCCUCCCUCCGAAGCCCCGUUCGGCGGGGGGCCACCGGCGGACGAAGUCCGGGUGCGAGAAUGUCCCGCCGGUCGACCCGAACACGCAGAUGGAUCUGUCGUCCUCGCCCUCUCCGGCGUCAAACAAGGCCGCUGCAAAGACGCGGAGCCCUCUUCCACCAAGGCCGCCCGCGCCUUCCAAUCCUGGCAAUCCGCUGAAGAGGAAGCUGAAUCUGGAGUGUGCGGCGGAAAAUGGCGGAAUGGGGUCCUCAGAUUCUGGCGUUUUGGUGGUGGUAAGAAUAAGGCCUCUGAACAAAGAUGAGGAAGGAGGGGAGCAAAUUGUGCAGAAAACAUCUCCUAAUUCUUUAUCUGUUCUUGAUCAGAUAUUUACUUUUGAUUCUGUUGCGGGAACAGAUUCCAUGCAGGAAAAUAUGUUUCAGCUGGUUGGCGUGCCACUUGUGGAGAACUGUUUGGCAGGGUUUAACAGCUCUAUAUUUGCAUAUGGGCAGACUGGCAGCGGCAAGACUUAUACAAUGUGGGGACCUACUCAUGCUCUUGCUGAAGGGAAAAGUACCUGUAUGGGUAUAACACCUCGUGUCUUUGAACAGCUGUUUUCACGAAUUCAAGAAGAACAAGCCAAACAUUCUGACAAACAGCUGAAUUAUCAGUGUCGCUGUUCUUUUCUAGAGAUCUAUAACGAGCAAAUUACUGAUUUGCUGGACCCGAGUCAAAAGAAUUUGCAGAUAAGGGAAGAUGUUAAAUCAGGGGUCUAUGUAGAAAAUCUUACGGAGGAAUAUGUGAAUUCCAUGGAGGACCUUACCCAGCUUUUGAUUAAGGGACUGGCAAACAGGAGAGUUGGCGCAACAAGCAUUAAUGCAGAGAGUUCUCGCUCACAUAGUGUUUUUACUUGUGUUGUUGAAUCUCGGUGCAAGAGCAUGGCAGAUGGUUUGAGUAGCUUGAGGACCAGUAGAAUCAAUCUUGUUGAUCUUGCUGGAUCUGAAAGGCAAAAACUUACUGGUGCAGCUGGGGAACGUCUUAAAGAAGCUGGCAAUAUUAAUCGUUCCCUCUCACAGCUUGGGAACCUUAUCAACAUUCUCGCUGAAGUUUCUCAAUCUGGGAGGCAGAGGCAUAUUCCUUAUAGAGAUUCUCGGUUAACAUUUUUAUUGCAGGAAUCUCUAGGAGGCAAUGCAAAACUAGCAAUGAUCUGUGCUGUUUCUCCUGCUCAAAGCUGCAAGAGUGAAACAUUAAGCACUCUUAGAUUUGCACAAAGGGCUAAAGCAAUACAGAACAAGGCAGUUGUCAAUGAAGUCACUGAAGAUGAUGUAAAUGUUCUGCGAGAGCAGAUUCGACAACUUAAGGAUGAACUGAUCAGAAUGAAAUCAAAUGGAAAUAGCCAAGCAGAUUCAGGUGGAGGGUAUUCAACAGGGUGGAAUGCUCGCAGAAGUUUAAAUCUUCUCAGAAUGAGCCUAAGUCGUCCUUCAACAUUACAGCCACAAGUGGAAGAUGAUAGCGAUGAAGAAAUGGAGAUAGUUGAGGAAGGGGUGGAAAAGGUGCAAGCCGUAUUGCAAUCAAAAGAAACAGAAAGUCCUGAACACUUAUUCCCACAACCUAUUGUAGGCCAUCAAGAAACAGUUUGUGUUGAUCAUACUUUGGAGGAGACUGAUGUCAACAUGGAGGACUGUCUGCCAGAUGACAAAAUGGAGUCAUUUACUGACCCUGACCCCAAAGCAGUUAAUGAGACAUCAACAAGUGUGGUAGCAUUGACUGUAUCAGAGAGUAAAAUAAUUUGUGGAGAUUCUGAAGGCAUUGAAUCAGCAGAUCUUCCUCAGGUGUCUACAUUCUCUCCAAAAGUUGAACCAGAAAAUCGCCUUAGUAUUGUCCCUUGCCAAUUGUCUCCAGUUCUUACUUCACCAACUGUAAGCAUAUCACCUAAAGUUGAAGGUUGUAGCAGGAAAAGCCUAAGAAUGUCGUCCAGUUUGUCACCAAAUCAGAAGGGAACUUUGGAAAAUUCUAAUUUUAACCCAGAAUCACUGAACUUAUCUUUUGCACUUGCUGUGGCUAACACUUCUGCCACACGAACGAGCAAGAAUUUCACUAUUCCAACUGAGUCUAUAGCUGCCAGCCUACAACGUGGUCUGCAAGUUAUAGAUAGCCAUCAACAAAGUUCUGCACUAAGGCAUUCCUCAUUUCGCUUUUCAUUCAAGGCGUUAGAUUCCAAGCCAUUUCAACCUGCUGAAAAGAUUGAUGUAGGUGUGCAAACACUUCUUGAAACACCAGAGACACUGGAAGAUCAAUCAGAGUUCAUUUGCAGCCUUUGCAAGAAAAAGCCUUCUUGUGUUCAAAAUGAUAAUGAGACUGAUAGUGUGGAAUUGUCACUGGUGCCUGUUGAUGUACCUCAGUCAACUGAUUCAUCCAAGAAGCAAGUUCCUAAAGCUGUGGAGAAGGUUUUGGCAGGUGCAAUCCGAAGAGAAAUGGCACUUGAAGAGUUUAACUCUAAGCAAGCAGCUGAAAUCAUGCAACUGAAUCGCUUGAUUCAGCAAUAUAAGCAUGAGCGUGAAUGCAGUGCCAUUAUUGAGCAAAUCCGUGAAGACAAGAUUUGCCGCUUGGAGGGUCUCAUGGAUGGAGUCUUACCUACUGAGGAGUUCAUGGAACAAGAAUUGAUUUCACUUGCUAAUGAGCACAAGUUGCUUAAAGACAAAUAUGACAAUCAUCCAGAAUUUCUGAGGGUUACGAUUGAGCUAAAGAGAGUGCAAGAUGAACUGGAUCAGUACAGAAAUUUCUUUGAUUUGGGUGAGAGAGAAGUGCUUGUGGAAGAAGUUCAGAAUUUGCGCAACCAACUGCAGAGCUAUCUUGACAAAUCUCCUAAGACAAGUCAGAAAUGGAACCCUCCACUGCAAUUGACUCAUGCUGCUGAAUCUGUUCUUGAGACAGUUGUAGAGUCUUCCAAUGAUGAUGCUGAAAAAAGGUUUGAGGAAGAAAGACAGCGGUGGACUCAAACAGAAAGUGAAUGGAUUUCAUUGUCAGAAGACUUGAGAGCUGAAUUAGAGGCAAGCCGUUCACUUGCUGAAAAACGAGAGCUGGAGCUAAAUGCUGAGAAGAAGUGUUCAGAGGAGCUGAAGGAAGCCCUGCAGACAGCAAUGCAAGGCCAUGCACGUAUACUUGAACAGUAUGCAGAGCUCCAAGAGAAGCACAUAGCAUUGCUUGCUAGGCACCGGAAGAUCAGGGAUGGGAUUGCAGAUGUAAAACAGGCUGCUGCGAAAGCAGGAGUAAGGGGUGCUGAAUCCCGUUUCAUCAAUUCUCUAGCUGCUGAAAUCUCAGCCUUGAAAGCUGAGAGAGACAAAGAAAGAAAAAUUUGGAAAGAUCAAAAUAAUGGGCUCCAGGCUCAACUGCGGGACACUGCUGAGGCAGUCCAGGCUGCCGGUGAAUUGCUUGUGAGACUGAAAGAGUCAGAAGAGGCUGUCGCAGAUGCAAAGGCAAGGGCUCUAAAAGCAGAACAAGAAACUGAAUCUGCCCGCUUGGAGAUGGAUAAGUUGAAGAAAAAACAUGAAAGAGAAAUUGAGACUCUGAAGCAGUUCCUUGCUGAGACACGAUUGCCAAAAGUGGCUGUGCUACCGGAACAAGCAGAUCCUGUUAGUAGGACAGUUGAACAGGACCAUGGUAACUUUGGGAAUCAAGACUGGAGGGAAGAAUUUGAACCUUUCUAUCGUGAAGAUGAGAGUGAAUUCAUGCGAAACACUGGACCCUCCUGGUUUAGUGGAUACGAUAGGUGUAACAUUUAAAGUUCAAAAAGGUGAUGAAACUGUACAAUUAGUAGUGCGUAUAGACUCUCGAAGAUCUUGGCAUGGUAAUAUUUCUCACCAAUAGUGAAGAGUCGGUGAUUUGAUACAGCGGUCAUAUAAACAGCCUCCUGCCUCCUUUCAAGAGAAAUAUUAUGUAUUGCUUAUUGUUGUGUGCAUUCUUUGUCUAAUUCUCACCACAUGUAAUAAAUAUGUUUGUUUUGACGUAUUGCCCAAGCACUUUUUUUUGGUCAUUUCUUAGCACAAUGUAUUUUUUUUUAAUUGUUGUAAAAGCAAAAAAGAGAAAUGCAAUUUUUCAUUCAAUUACCACCUA